AUGGCGGAAUCCGCGUCCAGACCGUCAUCGUCGACGGCCGACGGCGCGUCUGUGUCGCAUGCGCCGCCAUCGCUCUCCAUGCCCGCCGGUCGCGCCUCCUCCACCGCUUUCCCCUCCUCCGCCUCCACCUCCCGGCGCCGCUGCACGAGCACGGGCGCGGGCAACCUGUGGACGGACCUGGCGCUGCCAUUCACGGCGUCGAUCAACGACUUCGACGUGAACAACAAGGAGGAGGAUGUGCACAAGAUGGAGAAAUGGCGCCGCUCCUCGCUUGUCCUCAACUCCGCCCGUCGAUUCCGAUACACUGCCGAUCUCGAAUCCAAGAGUCAGCCCCUCCCUCUCCUGCACGCGUCCCUCCUUCCGCCAGGCCUGCAAGCGGCGCAGGACUCGUCAUUGCCAGUGGCGCAGGCGGAGGGCUUUUCGUACGGCACGGUGGCACUGCGGCAGCUGGUGGAGGGGGCGGACAGCAAGGCGCUGGAGCGGAUGGGCGGCGUGCAGGGCGUGGCCAGGGGGCUGGGGACGGACCUGGUGGCGGGGCUGUCCGGUAGCAAGGACGACCUGGAUCGGCGCGUGCGCGUGUACGGGUCCAACACGUACCCCGAGAAGCCCUUCAAGGGCUUCUUCAGCUUCGUCUGGGACGCCAUGCAGGACCUGACGCUGAUGAUCCUGGCCAUCUGCGCCACGCUGUCGCUGGUCGUGGGCGUGGCCACGGAGGGCGUGGCGGAGGGGUGGUACGACGGCGCGGGCAUCCUGCUCUCCAUCCUCCUCGUCGUCUCCGUCACUGCCGUCAGCGACUACCGCCAGGCGUUGCAGUUUUCGGAGCUGGACCGCGAGAAGAAGAAGGUGUCGAUGGACGUGGUGCGCGGCGGGCAGCGCACGCGCAUGUCCAUCUACGACAUCGUCGUGGGCGACGUCAUCAUGCUCGCCACUGGCGACGUCGUGCCUGCCGACGGGCUCUUCAUCUCAGGGUACAGCCUGGUGAUAGACGAGUCGAGCAUGACGGGCGAGAGCCUGCCGUUGCAGAAGAACAGCGAGGCGCCGUUCCUGCUGUCGGGCACCAAGGUGCAGGACGGCAACGCGAGCAUGCUGGCGGUGGGCGUGGGCAUGAACACGGAGUGGGGCAGCCUCAUGGCCAAGCUCACUGACGCCGGGGACGACGAGACGCCGCUGCAGGUGAAGCUGAACGGAGUGGCGACGCUGGUGGGGCGGCUGGGGCUGGUGGUGGCGGUGCUGGUGUUCAUCGUGCUCAUGGGCCGCCAGCUCGCCAACACUGACUUGGCCAAGUGGGGCAUGCCUGACACACUCAAGGUGGUGGACAACUUUGCAGUGGCUGUCACCAUCAUCGUGGUCGCCGUGCCCGAGGGCCUGCCUCUGGCGGUGACGCUGUCGCUGGCGUUCGCCAUGAAGCGCAUGAUGAGUGACAAGGCACUGGUGCGCAAGCUGGCGGCGUGUGAGACCAUGGGCUCUGCCACCACCAUCUGCAGUGACAAGACCGGCACGCUCACCGCCAACCAGAUGACCGUCGUGCAGGCCUGGCUGCAGGGCACCGUCGUUGCCACCCUCACCAACUCCCCUCAGGUUCGUUCCACUGCUCUCUUCCUGUCAUUCCCGAACCCUCUUGUCCCCUCUCUCCUCCCUUUCCUUCCUCCACCCCCCUCAGACCACUGCAGUCUGCACUGCAAUAAGAGCGCCGCUGAUGCCGUGCUCCCACUCCCCCUCUCUACUCUCCCCCCGGCACCCCCCCUCUGUGUCGUGGCAGGGGAGCCUGUCCCCAGCGUACACGUCGGUGCUGCUGCAGUCCAUCUUCACCAACACCACUGGCGAGCUAUGAGCAGGAGCGAGCGGGGCGUGCAGGUGGUGCGAGUGGACCCGUUCAACAGCAAGCGCAAGCGCAUGGCGGUGGUGAUCAAGCUGCCUGACGGCACGCACCGCGUGCACUGGAAGGGCGCCGCUGAGAUCAUUCUUGGCAUGUGUGACACGUCCAUUGGCAAGGACGGCGCGGCGGUGCCCCUGUCGCACAGCGAGCUGGACGCCACAAUCCUGAGCUUCGCCAACAGCGCCCUGCGCACGCUCUCCGUGGCCUACCGCGACCUCAAGCCCUCGGAGGUGCCUGCCAAUGGCGUGUGGACGGAUGAAACGCCCGUGCCUGACAGUGGGCUCACGCUGCUGGGUGUGGUGGGCAUCAAGGACCCUCUCAGGGCGGGCGUGGCAGAAGCAGUGCGCCUGUGCAAGUCCGCAGGCAUCAAGCAUGUGUGGGCGUGGGUUAUGUGUGCGCUGGUUAUGUGUGGGCGUGUGGUACGUGUGGGCUGGGGUCGUGUGUGUGCGUGCAUGUGGGUGGCAUGGCACCAGGUGCGCAUGGUGACGGGGGACAACCUGAACACGGGCAUGGCCAUCGCUCGUGAGUGCGGCAUCCUCACGGAGGGUGGCGAGGCCAUCGAGGGCCCCAAGUUCCGCACGCUCACUCGCGACCAGAUGAAGGAGCUGCUGCCCCGCUUGCAGGUCCGCGCCCUACCCCCAUCAGCCCUGAUCCCGUGUGCCACGCCUCUCAUCCUCCACUUUCUAUCCCCACAUGCUAUGCUUCCUGCCCUCCUCUUCCCCACAUGCUAUGCUUCCUGCCCUCCUCUUCCCACCGCGUCGCAUCCCAUCACCAUCUUUGUGCUUCCUUCUCCCCCAUCCCUCUGCCCCCUUGCCUCUCCGUACCCCACAUCCCCGACCACCACGUGUGUGAUGGCACGGUCGUCCCCCACGGACAAGCACACGAUGGUGAACUGCCUGAGGGAGAUGGGCGAGGUGGUGGCGGUCACGGGCGACGGCACCAACGAUGCGCCCGCGCUCAAGGAGGCUGACAUUGGGCUCGCCAUGGGCAUUGCCGGCACUGAGGUGGCGAAGGAGAGUGCGGAUGUGAUCAUCAUGGACGACAACUUCUCCUCCAUUGUCAAUGUGGCCAAGUGGGGGCGCAGUGUGUACACCAACAUCCAGAAGUUUGUGCAGUUCCAGCUCACUGUCAACAUCGUUGCUCUCGUCACCAACUUUGUUUCAGCAUGCAUCACAGGGUCGGCCCCCCUGACAGCGGUGCAGCUGCUGUGGGUGAACCUCAUCAUGGACACGCUGGGAGCGCUGGCCCUUGCCACCGAGCCGCCCACCGACUCCCUCAUGCUCAAGCCCCCUGUGGGCCGCCGCACGCCCUUCAUCAGCAGCAUCAUGUGGCGCAACAUCGCUGGCCAGUCGGUGUUCCAGCUGGCGCUGAUGGCAGCGCUGCAGAUGUAUGGCGACAAGAUGUUUGGGUUCACUGCCGUGGACAAGGAGGGUGUGCUGCGCCUCAACACCAUCAUCUUCAACACCUUUGUCCUUCUGCCAGCUAAGCUCGUGCUUGUUCCAUUGCGCGCGUGCCUUGCGCCCGCCAUGCUGUGUCGUGAGCAGGUGUUCAACGAGAUCAACUCGCGCAACAUGGAGGCACUGGAUGUGUUUUCGGGCAUCCUGUCCAACUAUGUCUUUGUGGCCAUCAUGCCUCGUCACCGUCUUCUUCCAGGCCGUGCUCGUGCAGGUCCUUGGCAAGCUUGCCUCCACUGUGCCGCUCUCACUGCACGACUGGCUGCUCUGUGUGGGGCUGGGCGCCAUUGCCUGCCCGUGGCAGCCGUGGUGAAGCUCAUCCCUGUGCCGGCUCGCACUGCUUCUGAUGCGCUUGCCACCACGCCUGCCGCCGUGCAUGCAGCUGCUGCACGCCGCCGUGCCUGCAGCUCCUGCCCUACUAGGGUUUAA